UGAACAUAGGUAAUAUGUAGCUACGACCAUAAGUUCCCGUUUGUUUAUGUUGGCGAUAGCAUAUAAUGAUAUCCAGUAGCGUUAGUGUGCGGUGUAAACACUGGCCGGGUGUAUCCAAGUAUGGCAGGCUCUCGAUAAACUAUCUGUAUAUAUGCUGCGAAGAUCUGCUACUGGUGGGUUGUUUGUGAUUCGCGAGUUCACAUCAUAGUGUGGCUUAGGCAGGUGCGGGUGUACAGUGGUUGGCAGGCGUCCGAAAAUGACAACCAAAAGCGAGUGAAUAAAUCACCAUUUCAGCUAGUGAACAGCACUCGUACUGAAUUUCAUCAGUUACAAAUUGCACGACUACAAACAGUGUGCAUUACAAUUUAACUGGAAGGAAUAAUUAUAUUGGAACUUGCUUUAUGCUGCUGUAUUCAAGCUAAAUUAGCUGGAGGAUAAAUUCGCAAGUCAUCUUUCAACAAGUAAGGCCAUAAAAUGAAGACAAGCGAUUGGGAAAAAUUUAAACUUCUUUUGUGGAAAAAUUGGAUAAUCCAGAAAAGACACUAUGUACAGACAGUGUUUGAGAUUACCAUUCCGGUGCUGGCUUGUGCAUUGCUGAUUUUAGUACGAGGACUUGUAAAUCCUUCCACCUACAGUAAACCCACUAUGUUUAGCAACUUAAAUGUAAGCAGCAUCGCUAAUAUACGAACCAUGAUUACGAAUCACCCAAUUGAAUUGACGUUGGCAUAUACACCUAGAAACCCACUACUGGAGCAAGUUAUGAAAAAAGCUGCUAGAUCCUUGGGAACGGAUGUGCGAAUUAAGGCCUUCAAUGAUACGAAGAGCAUGUAUAACGUAUUGAUUACCAACAACUAUUUGGCUGGAGUCGAAUUUGGAGAUGAUCUCGAGGAUAUUUCGGAAUUGCCUGAAAAACUGUCGAUAGCCUUACGUUAUCCCAGCGAAAUGCGUACAACAAUACUACCAGGAGCUGAAUUUUGGGCGAACUGGCGUACAUUUCUGGUGUUUCCCCCGUUUCAAACAUAUGGUGCUCGGGCAGUGAAUUACACCGAUGGCGGAUACCCUGCGAACUAUUAUGGUGAAGGUUUUGCUUCGGUCCAAAAUGCAAUUACACGGGCUAUCUUAAGUGUGAAAAACAAUUCUUUGCAACUUCCAACAGUUUCAUUGCAGCGAUUCCCAUAUCCGCCUUUCUACAAUGAUCCCCUACUAAGGGGCCUGGAAAAUCUGUUUCCUGCCAUCAUAAUGAUUGCCUUUUUCUACUCAUGCAUCAACACCGUGAAAUUCAUAACGCUGGAAAAGGAACGACAGCUCAAAGAAACCAUGAAGGUGAUGGGCUUAAGCGGGUGGCUACACUGGACGGCAUGGUUUGUGCGAACGCUCAUAUUGCUAUCGGUAUCGAUCUCUCUCAUUACUAUACUGUUGUGCGUGAGUCUCACCACCAAUACGAACAUAGCGAUUUUUGAAUUUUCAAACUGGCUGCUCAUAUGGAUAUUCCUGUUCAUCUAUAGUAUUACAACAAUUACAUUUUGCUUCAUGCUCAGUACAUUCUUCUCAAAAGCAAACAUUGCAUCCGGUAUUUCGGGAAUUAUUUGGUUCUACUCACUGACACCGUAUAACAUCACGUUUGGAAAUUACGAUCGAAUGUCCCUGGAAGCAAAAUUGGCUUCCAGUUUAUGGUGCAAUACAGCGAUGGGAUACGGAUUCAUGCUGCUAAUGAAGCAUGAAGGCACAUCAGUUGGUUUGCAAUGGUCUAAUCUUUUCUCCCCGGUCACGGUCGAUGAUCAGCUGACUAUUGCACACAUCAUAAUGAUGCUGUUAAUUGAUGCCUGUCUAUAUCUACUGGUUGCACUAUACGUAGAACAAGUAGCUCCCGGAAAGUUCGGAAUUCCAAAGAAAUGGAACUUCCUAUUCAGGCGAGAAUUCUGGAGGGGAUCUUACGAUCGACAAAUAAACACAAUGAGUAAAGAAUACUCAUCGCGGGACAAAAGAAAUGACGAAGAAGAAGAGCCUACGAAAAAACACGCAGGAAUAAAAAUAUUGGGACUGUCGAAAAUCUUCCCCGGGAAAAAAGUUGCAGUCAAUGACUUAUCGCUCAACAUAUACGAAGAUCAAAUUUCCAUUCUGUUGGGCCACAACGGUGCUGGGAAAACGACUACAAUGUCUAUACUGACCGGUAUGUUCCCACCGACGACUGGAACUGCAAUCGUUAAUGGUUUCGACAUCCGAUAUGAUGUGGAAAGCAUAAGAAAUUCGUUAGGACUGUGUCCUCAGCAUAAUGUUUUAUUCGACGAGCUAACCGUGUCGGAGCACAUACGAUUCUUCGCAAAAUUAAAAGGCUUCGAUGAAGCACAGGUCUCCAGGGAAAUUGAUAAGUAUCUAGAGCUGCUAGAAUUGGAGGACAAACGUGAUGCCCAGGCCCACACAUUGUCCGGCGGAAUGAAACGUAAGCUAUCGAUUGCUAUUGCACUGUGUGGAGGAUCGAAAGUGGUACUUUGUGAUGAGCCAACUUCAGGAAUGGAUCCUGCAGCUCGUAGAGUGCUCUGGAAUUUGCUGCAACGGGAAAAAGUAGGAAGAACCAUACUUCUCUCGACACACUUCAUGGAUGAAGCAGAUAUUCUUGGGGAUCGAGUUGCGAUAAUGGCCGACGGGGAUCUGAAAGCGGUGGGAUCACCCUUCUAUCUAAAAAGGAAAUUUGGACGAGGUUACCGGCUGAUAUGUGUGAAAAAAUCGAAUUGUAAUCCUCUGAUUCUUACUAACAUGCUGAAAAAAUAUAUUCCUGAUAUUGAAGUUGACACAGAUGUUGGAACCGAACUGAGUUAUGUGUUGAAACAAGAAUGUCUCCAUGUGUUCCAAAACAUGUUAGCGGAAUUGGAGGAUAACACACAAACAUAUGGAAUAUCAAGCUAUGGAAUCACUUUAUCCACGUUGGAAGAAGUUUUCAUGAGACUUGGAAGUGAUACAAUACCCGAUGGAGGAAUAAAUGAAUCAAAUGGACACAUGCUGCCUUCAAAUGGUUUUGCUAUUAACGGUAGCAAUGCUUUUGAAAAUAACUACGCUUUAAUCUCAGGAAAACUAUUAACUAUUAAUCAAAUAAGGUCAAUGUUUUUGAAAAAAUACCUUAGUUACAUACGAGCAUGGAAGAUCUCUUUACUUCAAACUACACUGUCAAUGUUCUACAUUAUUGUCAUAAUUUUAAUAGUUCGUUCAUUUCCGAACAACGUUGUUCUACCUCCACUGAAUAUCUCAUUUGAUUCAUACGCCAAGACAGUGACAGUGCUCGAAACGGAUAACCCCAAUGCUACCAUGGCGAAAAGCUUUACAGAUCUGUUUACGGAGUUUCCUGCGACAAAUAAACUUGUAACAAUUUCUAGUUCAUUAUCGGAUUAUAUUUUAAACAAGUCCGUCGAGAAUAUCAAGCUGGUAGACAACACCUUUAUGGUCGGUGCAACUUUGGAUGAAACUGAAAAUAACUUCACCGCUUGGUUCAACAAUAAGGCCUACCACACGGCACCGCUAUCACUCAACCUCAUCUACAACGCAAUUCUGCGAACAAUAUGUUCCAAUUGUUCGCUGGAUGUGAUCAACAAACCACUGCCGUACAGCUCAAGGAUCAGAUUCCUAAGGCUUCAAGCCGGCAGCAACAUGGGAUUCCAGCUGGCAUUCAACACAGGCUUCGCAAUGGCCUUCGUGGGCGCAAUGUACAUAAUGUUCUACAUCAAGGAAAGGGCAUCCGGCGCCAAACUUUUGCAGUUUGUCAGCGGAGUCAAUGCAGUAACCUUUUGGACCGUAUCGUUUUUGUGGGACUACUUGGUGUUCAUCGUUGCCAUGAUGCUCUAUAUUUUAACUCUGGCGGCAUUCCAGGAGGAAGGUUGGUCAACACCUGCAGAGCUGUCACGUGUUGUUUUGGUCAUGCUGUGCUUCGGAAUUGCUGUCAUUCCGUUCACGUAUCUAUGGUCGUACUUUUUCCAAGUCCCAUCAACCGGAUUCAUCAAAAUGCUUAUAUUCAAUAUAUUUACGGGAACGGUUAUAUUUACGGGAAUUUUCCUACUCAAGUACAGUGAGUUCAACCUGAAGGAUGUAGCAGAAACCUUGGAAUGGUUUUACAUGAUAUUCCCACAUUUUGCUUUGAGCCACAGUCUGAACAACAUAAACCUAGCGCUGACGAUAAAGCAAAUUUGCGAAGCCCAAUGCGAUGCCAUGCCAUUCUGUACGGACAAUCUCCUGUGCAGUUUCGACAAACGAUGUUGUGACACGGAAAUAUUCUCAUUUCAACCCAAUGGAAUCAGUCGUAAUUUGAUGUACAUGCUUGCGGUCGGCAUAGUAUCGUUCACCAUCCUGUUAUUGAAGGAGUUACGAUGCUUCAGCAUGAACAUCUCGUGUAAAAAGCCGUGUGGAAGCGCACCAAUUGAUGCCACCAGUGAAUCGAAGGAAACUAUAGCGAUUAACGAGGACUCUGACGUGGCAGACGAAAAGCAACGAAUAGCAUUACUAAAUGAACAGAAUUUGGCCAAUCACACGUUGGUGCUAAAAGAGGUUUCGAAGCACUACGGAUCGUUUGUUGCUGUGAAUGAGCUAUCGCUGGCGGUGGAGGAUUUCGAAUGUUUCGGAUUAUUGGGCGUGAACGGCGCGGGUAAAACUUCUACCUUCAAGAUGUUAACGGGCGAUGCCAACCUGUCGUCUGGCGAUGCGUGGGUUCGAGGAAUCAGCAUGCGUUCAAGAAUGAAUGAAGUUAACCGGAUGAUCGGAUAUUGUCCGCAGUUUGACGCAUUAUUUGAAGAUUUGACUGGUCGCGAGUGUUUAAGAAUUUUCGGAUUAUUAAGAGGCGUGCCUAACACAUUGAUACAACCAAUCUCAUUGAAACUAGCAAACGAUCUUAACUUUUUCAAGCACCUCGACAAACCCAUAAAAACUUAUAGCGGUGGAAACAAACGGAAAUUGAGUACCGCUUUGGCUCUGGUAGGGAAUCCAGUUAUUAUUUACUUGGACGAACCGACAACGGGGAUGGAUCCGGGAGCGAAACGAAACUUUUGGAAUGUCAUAUGUCGAGUGCGACAAAUGGGGAAAGCGAUUGUACUGACUUCGCAUAGUAUGGAGGAAUGUGAAGCACUCUGCACUCGGCUUGCCAUCAUGGUGAAUGGGGAAUUCAAGUGCCUUGGAUCCGCGCAACAUCUGAAGAAUAAAUUUACAGAAGGAUUUUUUCUAACUAUUAAGCUAAAGAAAUGUGAUAACGAAGUAUUGGAAAACAAAACGAAUCUAGUCAUGCAGUAUAUUGAACGUCACUUCGAUGGAGCACAGCUCAGGGAGCAGUACUUGGACUAUCUGACGUACCAUAUAAUGGAGACGUCGCUGAAGUGGUCCACCAUGUUUGGAUUGAUGGAGCAAGCAAAAUCACGUUAUGAAAUUGAGGACUACGCUCUCGGGCAAACAUCUCUCGAGCAGGUGUUCCUGGCAUUAACCGCCUAUCAGCGGAGCAGUGAUUAAAAGUUGAAACAAUCUCUCAGUAUUUCGAAGAACUAUCUCGAAUAAUGGAUAGUUAGUGCAACUGGUACUCGAAUUUUUAAUGCUAAGAUAGACAGUGAUACUUAACGAUUGUUACAAACAAUUCAAUAUUUAUUAUAACAAUUAAAGCUUAGUGAUAAGGUCAA